AUAAAUUUACAUGCGCACGUAUAUGUAAACAGAUACCAUUCAAAAUGGCGACUGCCAUGAACAUCGUUUUGGGAAUAAUCCUGAUUUUAGGGUUAUUUUCGCCAGAGCUGGAGGCCACCAGGUUCGGCUCGAAGGCAAAGACCAUUCACUUCCGCUCAGCAAAAGGGAAGGACGACUUAGGGGAGGGGUACCAGAGGUUCAGACGGCCAAGUGAAGACCAGCAAUCUGCCUCGCACUUGCGCGAAACAAGGUCGGCUGACACUGACGGGCAAAGUCGGGAUGAACACGACAAGGCGAAAGUGACAGCCUACGAUCUGAUUGACAGCAAUCCGGAGCUCAUCGUUCACUGGGCCGGCGCGGGUAGCGACAUGAUCGUCUGCCUAACCCGAGAAAUCACCCAGUCUAGCACAUCCAACACCCGUGUCUACUUCUCCUACGAUUACGGUCAAACAUUUGAGAAGAAGGAAGGCCUAAACAUAGACGGUGCGCAACCAGCAAUAUUUGACUGGUUCUACCACAUCCCAUCAGAUGUCGACCGGUACCUGUUUGUGGACACCAUCCACAAUGUAGUGUUUCGGACCAUUGACGGGGGCCAUACCUGGACUCACUUCCACACACCAGCCCCAAUGACAACCAUCAGUAUGCACCAGACCGACCCAGACAUUCUCCUUGGGAUGAAUGAUGAUGAUUCGGACAAGACACUGUAUAAGUCAGAGAACUUUGGCGCUACCUGGACGCAGAUACAACGUGAUGUGAGGUCGUUCAGUUGGGGUGUACCAGGGGUGGACAGACCGGACACCCUGUACAUAGAGAGACGUGAACCCACAGGGUUGUCCACCAUUCUCAUGUCGGAGCAUUACUUUGACUUCGAUUGGGAGACACAGGUGAUAAUCGGCAAUGUGCUGGAUUUUGAAGUGCGGGACGAGUACAUGUUUGCAACGCAGACCGCCCCCAUACCGAUUGAUCGUACCGGUAGCCAAUCAUCAGAUGACAGACCGAAUAUUGAUCUGUUGGUUUCCUACCAACGAGGACCCUUUGAAUCUGCAAUCUUCCCUUCCAACCUCGAGCGGAAGGAUUACUACAUAGCAGAUACUGAUGAGGGUCAAGUCUUUGUUUGCGUCAACCACAACCUCAACAAGACCAACUUAUACAUCAGUGAGGUUCAAGGCACCUCAUAUGCACUGUCAUUAGAGAACAUUGUGUACUACAGCCCCGAAGGACCAGGCAAAGACUCCUGGCUAAGCAACUUUGCUGAUGAGGAGUUCGUUGAGCUGCAUUGGGUGGAGGGACUGCGCGGGAUCUACAUUGCGUCCAAAUUCAGGGAGCCCAGCGGUGAUUUCAAGGUGGAGAACAUGGUCAGCGUCAUCACCUACGACAAGGGCGGGGAGUGGAACCUGCUGGAACCCCGAGAUCCUGAGAUCUCCUGCCAGCCUCCUGUUUGCUCGCUGCACUUGUCCCAAAAAUUCAGCCAGCUGUACCCAGGCACAAGGUACAACCCUAUCCUGUCCAAGGCAUCUGCUCCAGGCAUGAUCAUGGCCAUGGGAAAGACCGGCGAGUCUCUGGGUUCCGAUGCAGCCUUCGAUGUGUACAGAUCACCGUCAGCUGGGGCCAGCUGGUACAAGGUAUUGGAUGGGCCGCACUUUUAUGCAUUUGGCGACCAUGGUGGUGUGGUCAUGGCUGUGAAUCAGUAUGGAUCCACUGAAGAAGUCAAGUAUUCCGUGACUGAAGGGGAAAGCUGGACAACAGAAGUCUUCACCAGAAACUUCUCCAAAAUUUACGUGUAUGGAAUGAUGACAGAGCCAGGGGAGCAGACGACAAUCUUCACUUUGUUUGGGUCAUUCCCAGGACACCACAGCUGGUUGAUUGUGCAGGUUGACCUGAAAGACGCUUUAGGACAGGAUUGUGUUCAGGACGAUUACAAGCAGUGGUCCCCGGGAGAUGAGUUCCCAGACUCCCCCUGUCUGCUGGGUCGAAAGAUGGUUUACGAACGUCGCAUUGCCCAUGCUGUCUGCUACAACGGGCGGAACUACGACCGGCCCAUCUCUGUCCAGAACUGCAGCUGUGACAGGGAGGACUUUGAGUGUGACAUUGGAUACAUGGAGUUGUCUGAUUGGUGGUUUGAGUCACAGUGCAUUCCGGACCCCAGCGUACCGACUGAUCCCGACCAGAUCCCUACUCCAUGCCCACCUGGAACAUUCUACAGACACACAAAGGGUUAUCGCAAGGUUGCUGGUGACACCUGCAGUGGAGGAGAGGAGUAUAGAUUUGCAGCGGAUAUGAUGUCCUGUCCCGUUAGAGAGAUGCCGGAGUUUUUGUUGUAUGCGCGCCGGACGGAAAUCCACCGCUACCUUUUCAACUCCGACCGCGACGAGCAGUUGGUCUUUGACAUCCCACUGGAGGCAGCCAUUGCGGUGGACUUUGACUGGCAUAGCAAUGUGUUGUACUGGGCUGACAUUACCGAGGACACUAUCCAUAAAUACUCCCUGGAUAAUGGCAACCAUACCCUGAUCGCUGACGUGGGACUUCAGACCGUGGAAGGCCUGGCCUUUGAUUGGAUCGCGAUGAACAUCUAUUGGGUGGACUCUGGCACGCGGAAAAUCGAGGUGGCCCGGCACGAUGGGAGAUUCCGUCGGAUGCUCAUCAACGAGACGCAGCAGCUGGACCAGCCCCGAGCCAUUGCACUGGAUCCCAAAAAAGGGAAAAUGUAUUGGACGGAUUGGGGUUCUAAUGCCAACAUUAUGCGAGCGGAAAUGGAUGGUUCAAACCGUGUGGUGGUCGCUAACACCAACAUCCACUGGCCCAACGGAAUCACCAUUGACGACGAGAGACAGCAGAUCUACUGGACCGAUGCCUACCUGGACAGAAUUGAGGUGGCAAAUAUGGAUGGCAGUGGCCGCAGGGUUCUUAUUAGCGAGGGUGUCCCACAUCCUUAUGCAAUCGCCGUCUACAAGGACAACAUAUACUGGGAUGACUGGCAAUUGCAAUCGAUUUUGACGGCCAACAAGUACUCUGGAAUGGGUCUGACAACCCUUAUCGGUAACCUAAGCGGUGUCAUGGACCUCAAGGUCUUCCAAAACUCCUCGCAGCAAGGUGAAAACCCGUGCAGGACUAACAAUGGCAACUGCACCCAUCUCUGCAUCGCCGUUCCAGGCAAAGUAGCUGGGCAGAUAUCUAGGAGGUGUCUCUGUGCCGAUGGUUUCUCCCACACCCCCUCUGAAUCCCAGGAUGGGGGUGAAGUGUGCCACUGCGAGCCGGGUGAGACCAUGCAGCCCAAUGGUGAAUGCAAACCGAAUACAGGACAAACCUGCCAUCCUGACCAGUUUGCAUGUGGCAAUGGCAACUGCAUACCAGGGGCAUGGCGAUGUGACCACGACAAUGACUGCGGGGAUAUGACCGAUGAAUUGGACUGCCCAUACCAGGGUUGCAAGUCGAAUGAAUUUACGUGUACCAAUGGGAACUGCAUCCCGGUGCAAUGGAAGUGUGACUUUGACAAUGACUGCGGAGACAUGUCAGAUGAAGCUAACUGCACCUAUGCAUCCUGCUCUAGUAGCCAAUUUUUAUGUGAUAACGGCCGGUGUAUCCCACUAACUUGGAAGUGUGAUGGAGACAAUGACUGUCGUGAUUACUCCGAUGAAGCUCAUUGCUCAUCCCCCACCCCACCCACUACACCCUACGCUGGUACCUGCAGUUCGUCACAGUUCCAGUGCGACAACAGACGCUGCAUCCCCUCCGGCUGGAUAUGUGACGGCGACAAUGACUGUGGAGAUAUGUCUGAUGAAAGAAACUGUGGAACACGGCCACCUUGCAGUUCCUUCGAUCAGUUUCGGUGUCAAGAUGGUACUUGUAUCCCUAUUUCGUGGCGCUGCGAUGGUUAUAAUGAUUGUACGGGUGGAUCAGAUGAAGCCAACUGUUUCAUGACGACACUGCAACCGACAACUUGGAUUUUCCCCGAGCACUCGUGCCAUCCCUGGGAUUUCCAUUGCUUGAAUGGAGAAUGCAUCUUUGCCAGUUGGAAAUGCGACGGGUACCCUGAUUGUGUUGACGGCUCAGAUGAAUUUGAUUGCGGUACUGAGCCACCACAAACCUGUAAUCAGUUUCAGUUCCGGUGUGCUAACGGCUACUGUAUCCCAAGUUACUGGCAAUGUGACGGCGACAAUGAUUGCGGAGACAUGUCAGACGAACAUUGUGGAUCUACUGCCCCUCCCAGUCAGCGCCCCACCUGUGCCCCUUGGCAGGCACCCUGCGCCCCUGGAGCACCUGUUGCCUGCAUCCCUGAGUUUUAUCUCUGUGAUCAUUACGACGAUUGUGGAGACAACAGUGACGAACAGAAUUGCCCCACAGAUAUUCCAUCAACAUGGCAACCCCCAAUGUGGACAACACCUCUUAAUUGUCGCAGUGAUUACUUCAAAUGUGUAGACAACUCCGGGUGUGUACCCAGGAUAUAUGUCUGCAACGGUAUUCCUGACUGUGAAGAUCAGAGCGACGAAGUUGAUUGCUCCACUCACAUUGUCCCGACAUCGUCCGGUUAUUGCAAUGAAUUCCAAUUCCAAUGUGACGGUAGAUCGUGCAUCCCUUCCUGGAAGGUCUGCAAUGGACAUGCUGAUUGCAUAGAUGGCACGGAUGAGGGUGAUUGCAGUGGCAAAUACCAUGUUAGAUACUUAUUUGGCAGUCCCACAAAUACAACGACAGUGGGACUUUUCUUCUAUGAGCCCUCACCUGAGCCCCAAGCAUCCUACAAUUACUACAUCUACUAUCGGAGGGUUCAAGACCAUGGCCCCCUUUUUCCAGAGAAUGUGAUAAAGGAUGUGGCACAUGGUGGUUCCAUUACGAAUUACUACAUCAGCAACCUGCUACCAGGGGCAAGUUAUCAGUUCAGUGUCGCUGUACAUCUGCCUGAAGGUGAUGUUUUGUAUGGCAGAUCAGAGCCCACUGCUGUCACUCUACCCAGUGCUGUCAGCCCACCUGGCACUCCAACAAACCUACAAGUUCACGUCACAUCAAGUUCAACCGUUCAUGUUUCCUGGAACGCACCAAGUACAGGUUCAAGCAUCGAUCAAUACGAGCUCCAGUACCACCUGGACCACGACGGACGUGUGACGCCUGUUACUGUGCUUGGCCUGUCAGCUGACAUCGCAAACCUCAUCCCUAACAGAGUCUACGCGUUCAAGGUGCGGGCUCAUAAUCCUUCUGGUUGGGGCAGUUUUUGUAAUGAGACCACGAAAGAUAUAACAAUGAACCCUAACGCAAUCACAAAGCCCCCUAGUCAUUUUCUGUUUGUAGCAGCUGGUGAAAACUCCAUCACUCUGUUUUGGAGAAAGCCGGACACCACAGUACCAGUCACUUAUUACCUGAUAGAAUGUGAUUCAAGGGACAUUUGUGCAAACACUACCAAGACUACGGUCACUGUGGACAAACUUUGCCCGGGGACCGAAUACAUCUUUCGAGUGGCCGCAGGCAACAGCGGUGGUCCCGGUCCGUGGUCGGACUAUUUAGGUAACAAAACUGAAGGGGCUGCACUCGACGCACCGACAAACCUCGUGGCGAAAACCAAAAGCACGACGAAAAUAGAUCUAACAUGGCAGGCUCCAUCUUCUCACGGAAAUAUCAACACCUAUGAUAUUUACUAUGACCAACAUGAGGGUAGCCUUCCUGGUCAAUCGAGAAAGGAUGUGUCGGCUUCCACAACGUACACUGCGAAAAACCUUGCUCCAGGAGUCACAUAUGCCUUUGAAGUCAGCUUAAGUUCAGACAGUUGUCGAAAUGCGCCUAGGUCACUUCCAGCAUUUGGCAGUACCACUUUUGAUGACAAACUGCCAGUCCGACGUGUGAAAAGUAUCGCUAGCACCACCACAAGCAUCACAGUGGGAUGGACAGCACCCCGUGACACACCUCACAUGCUGAGUUACAAGGUGGUGUACAAUGAAACUGCGACCAAAGCGUCAAGCAGCAUGACUGUUGGUCCAACGGCCAGAACUGAGAUUAACGCGACCAUUCACGGUCUGGUCCCGGGCAUGUCCUACAUGAUCGUCAUCAGCACCACUGCAGCUCACGCCGUACAGUCAUCACCAGUAAAUUUAACUACAAACCGUGUGGCUGCUCCGCAGGAGUUUCAUGCUGUCCCUGAGGCUGGAGGCCAUUAUGCCUUGUCCUGGCAAAAGUCGGCCAAUGAGUACAAUGAAUCCGUGGGUUACACAGUGUUCCGUGCACCAAUUCCCAUGCUCAUGGUCAUGGAUGGCAACCAGGACGCUCCUCCCCGCUGCAAGGAUUUGCAGGAUAGUCUAAGCUCCUUUCAACCCCCAGAAUCUGCCUACGUUCCCAUUGCUAACACCACUUCGCACUUCCUGGACCUGAAGCCCCAGCCUGCCAAGGUUACCUACAUCCUCAGGGUCAGCACGGGGGCUUACAGAGGGAUCUAUGGUCAGAAAUCCAACGACCAGUGUGUGGAUGGCUUUGACGCAGCCGUCAAGCCCACCCCUGAGCCCAAUAUUGCGUCCCAGACCACCUGGAUAGGUGCAGUAGCCGCAGCCGUGGCCUUGAUCAUUCUUCUGGUCAUUGCUCUGACCUACUUUGUGGUCCGUCAUCGCCGCCUGCAGCGUAGCUUCAUGUCCUUUGCCAACAGCCACUACGACCCGCGCUCCGGCACUGCCACCUUCACCAGCGGAGACGACGACCUUGGGGACGAAGAGGAUCAGCCAAUGAUUCGUGGCUUCUCUGAUGACGAGCCUCUGGUGGUUGCCUAAAGAUGAUGACACCAAUCCACCUGGUUUGCAUUUUGUUUUUGCUUUUGUACCAGAACUGUGUGAGCACUCGGCAAACUACAACCACCUAAAUUUCAUUGAAUGGCAUUUGAUGGAAUAGAAUGAAUGAAUACUGAAAUGUAUAUGCUCAUUCAGUUCUUAAUGAAUAAAAAUGAUACCCAGACAUUUCACAUAUUAUAGCAAUUGAUUUCAUAUUGAUUUUAUUAUUUUUUCCCAAGUAUUUAGAAACGCGAGAUAGUCACAAUAAUUGGAAGUGUUUUAUGUAACCCCUGCUUAACCACACUUUGCUCCGUGUACAAUGCCACAUGUAUAUGCAGUGCAACACUUCCUAUUAAAUGAGGAAAUGUCUGUGAUUUUUUAUAAUUCAAACGGAAACGUACACAAUAAAUGCAUACUGUUAUCUUUUUUGAAAGCUUUAUACUGAAACUGGAUGUUAAAUCCUUGCAGUUUCCAUCUACUGCUAAAUAGAGCAUUAAGGUUAAGGUUUAAAGGAGAGGGGAAGAUUUUUAAAAGAAUUAUUGUUCUUUUCGUGUUCGUGUUGAUGGCUUGAGCACUUGAGUCACUCAAAAUCAGACCAAGAAUUCGCCAGUCAGAUUUUAACAGUACUUUAAUCAAAUGGAUGAGACAAACACCAGAGUCCACAGUAAGCUAGGGCCAUUACUCUUUUUUGUGUGUUUACUUUAUGCAAUGCAUGUUAAUCAAAUGUUGAAUGGAACAAACCCAACGGGAAAAAAAUCAUGGAAGAUCAAUGAAGUUCUCUUUAUUUUGAUGAGUUGUAAUUAUCACAAGUCAGUCACAAGUCGUCCAGUUGCAAGUCAAGUGAUCAGCUAUUCAAAUGAACUGCGGCAAAGGUUGUUCCAGCUGAUAAUGUAGUAACCAACGGAUAAUGUAUCACCAACCGAU